UCCAGGUGGGGGAUUCAGACCGAGCGCGGCGAGGAGGAGGAGGCGCCGCUGCAGAAUCUGGAGCCUGAAGGUGCUGCAUCGCCAUGAGAUCCACCGUGUACAAAGCAACCUCGGCGGCAACAACAACGACGGGGCCGGGCUUGCUGGAGCCUGGCCCGGAGGAAGAGGAGGAGCCGCCACCGCCGCAUCUCCGCCAGCCUCCGCCUCCCCCGCAGAACCAGAUCACUGUGCCGGCCCCAGUGGCUGCUGCAGCGGCGGGCCCUAAGGGCCGGGCCAUCGUCCCGGCGGCUGUAGCCGCCGCUGCUCCUGGCCAGCAGCAGCAGGAAGGUGGCGUUGGCUGCUGUUGGGGCGGCCUGGUGCCCUCGCCGUGCCCGGCAGGCAACACUCGGCAGGCGGGCGUGGGCGAUGCCGCCGGCAGCUCCCGCCCCUCCAAGUACCAGGCGGUACUGCCCGGACACACCGCUGCUGCCGCCACCGGCGCCAAGGACGGCAAGCGCGUCGGGCCCCACGCCGGACCUGGAGGAGCACCAGCGGCUCUUUCGCCCCCUCCUCCGCCGCUACCGUCGUCGGCUUCCGUCACGGCUGAGCCUGGACAGCCUCCUCCACCCCCAGGAGCAGCGGCGGGGGGAUCUCCGGCCUCUUCGGAGCCCAGUGGCAAGUGGAAAAGCGGCAGUAGUAGCAGCAGCACAGGUAGCGGCGGCGGCGGAGGGAGCAGCCUUCGGAAGAGCCCCAUGGGGGCCGGCGGGGGCGCCUCCAGCCAGGCGGCCUGCCUCAAGCAGAUCCUGUUGCUCCAGCUGGACCUUAUCGAGCAACAGCAGCAACAGUUGCAGGCCAAGGAGAAGGAGAUCGAGGAACUCAAGGCCGAGAGGGACACACUCCUUGCUCGAAUUGAGCGUAUGGAAAGGAGGAUGCAGCUGGUGAAGAAAGACAAUGAGCGUGAAAAACACAAGAUAUUUCAAGGAUAUGAGACAGAGGAGAAGGUUGAUGCUGAAGUACCAGAGAAGUUGCCUAUAGAAUGCCCACCACAAGAGCUGCUGGAGACAUCCCAGCCACUGCCUUUGAAACACUUUUCAUAUGGAAGGAAUGGGAAGGGUCAUAAACGAAAGUCUAUAUUUGGAAGCACUGAGAGGAAAACUCCAGUGAAGAAACUGGUGGCUGAAUUCUCAAAAGUCAAGUGUAAAACGCCAAAAGCUUCUCCAUUGAAAGAGGAACCCAGCAGUUCUUUAACUGAAUCAAUUAGCAGGCGCGAACUUCGAAGUCAGGAGACUCCUGAGAAAACCCGAUCACUGGGGGACACUCUGCUGAAAUCUUCAGCCUCUUUGAAAGGACCCGGGUGCCAUUCAAAGGAUAAGGGGUCCUGCAGUGAAAUAGAAGACUUACCAUACCUUUCCACUACUGAAAUGUACUUGUGCCGGUGGCACCAGCCACCUCCUUCACCUUUGCGAGAGCCUUCUCCCAAGAAGGAGGAGACUGUAGCAAUUCCAUCAUGGAGGGACCACACAGUAGAACCUCUGAGAGACCUGAAUCCUUCAGACCUUUUGGAGAACUUAGAUGACAGUGUCUUCUCCAAACGGCAUGCAAAAUUGGAAUUGGAUGAAAAGAGAAGAAAAAGGUGGGAUAUUCAACGGAUCCGGGAGCAAAGGAUAUUGCAACGACUGCAGCUCAGAAUGUAUAAAAAGAAAGGAAUUCAGGAAUCUGAGCCUGAAGUUACCUCAUUUUUCCCAGAGUCAGAUGAUGUUGAAAGCUUGCUGAUCACCCCUUAUUUGCCUGUUGUAGCAUUUGGCCGACCAUUACCAAAAUUAACUCCACAGAACUUUGAACUGCCAUGGCUGGAUGAGCGAAGCCGUUGUCGGUUGGAGAUGCAAAAGAAACAGACGCCUCAUCGGACAUGCAGGAAAUAGGUGUGUCCAACUAGGAGAAAUCUCUGCCACAAUUGUGCUCCUGUCCUAUUUGGCAGAGAAUCAUAUACGUUCUGUCAUGUCAGUCUUUCCCCCUUGAUGUAAAUUCUUGUUCAUUAUAAAUAUUUUUUAUACUUACAUAUAAUUUCUUUCUCUUUCCCCCUCAAAACUUUUCACCUGUUUUCCAUUUUCCUUUCCAUGGUAGAAAGUACUGAAGGUUUUUGUUAGGACAAUAUUAGCAACUUAUGGUGCACUUAAGUUGAGCUGUACUGGACAGCUGCAGCUGGCACAGUCCAUUUUAGAGUAGCCUUCUCAUACGCAAUGCUCUCCAGAUUUGUUGGAGUACAAGUCCCAGCAUCUUCUAGCUAGCCAAGGAAUGCUGGAGUUGUAGUCCAACAUACUUAAAGGACACCAGGUUUGGGAAGGCUUACUUAACAAUUAUGAAAUGUGGACAAGCAUAAACAUUUGAUAAAACUGUUCUCAUUUACAAGUUUUCAUGCACGUGAAGCCCACCUCUUAACAUUUAAAAAAUAUUUAGUCUACUAGUUAAGGGCCUUAAAAUGGGGGUGGAGGGAUUACCCAUCAAAGGACAUUGGGAAAACAGACAUUUUCAUUUGACCUGCUCUUCUGAAAAGCAUCCACAUCUGGAUCCAUAUAUUUCCUUCUGCCUCAUUUUGUUCAUCCUAUGCUGCUGUGGCUCUGAUUUUUUUAAUGGUUCUGUCUUACCUUUUUCAUGCCUUCUGCUUCUGAUUAAAGUACAAUGGGUCAUUAAGUCUUGACUGUAUAGCACUGCUAGUAAAGGGCUGCAUGCCUUGACAAUUGUGUCACACUUAACAGAAACCUGUGUUAACAAUGCAAUGCCAGCUUGUCUUCAGAUUUUUCCUGGUUUAUUUUACCAGCAAGCUAUUUGCUUCUUAGUUUCCCUCUGUCAAGUACAGUGAGGGCUAAACUGUUGGCUUUAAAAAACAAAGUUUUGUUUCUUAAUAGAAACGUUGAGUGUCAGCACUACCAAACAUGCUGGCAUUUGCGGACCGGACAGAUUGAGUAGCUACUCAUUUCUUGGUGCUGCCAGGAGGCAUAACUCUCAAAAACAGUUCUUCCCAACCACACCAAAGGCUCCAGGCUAUGCUUCUUGCUUACUAUAUGGCGGAAGAACUUCCUUUCUUCUCCAGUUCAAACAAAGCCAACCCAGAGGGAAGGACAACAAUGAAAAAGGUAAAAGGUUCUGUCCUUCCACCCAAAGUGCAAGCAAUACAAAGGAUUGUGUUUCUUCCCUCUACAUAAAGUCCAUUGCAACAGACUUUGUAUAUACCUUCAGGUUAGAAAUCAGUAGAGAUUAAAGUAUAUUGAUACUCUUAGCUACAUGAUGUGAUUCUCAUGGGUGGGAACUAGCCUCCUGCAUUCCCCACUUUCACUUACAUUGUACUAAAUCAGAAUAACAGCUGAAACUUUAAUUUGUAUUUCUGAAGCUUGGCUGGCAUUUUUAAAGUAGAUCCUAGAUCUACUUUCGUCUUUUCCUGAGAACAGGGAAUUCCUUUGUUAAUCCCACAUGCUCAUUUGCCUACUUCAUACAGUUUGUAGGAAGCUGUCUGUGUGUGUGUGUGUGUGUGUGUGUGUGUGCACGCGUGCGAGAGUGUGCAUGUGCACGCUUACAGGACAAGUGAAGCUUAACGUAUUUGCACUGAGUGAAACUUCUAGAAAAAUGGGCUAGGUCAUAAUUUCCUAGAUUGUUGAAAAUCCCAGUGCAGAAUGACAGCUACUGUUUUUAAAUUCUAAAAUGGUUGUAUAAGGCAGGUACUUUUGUUUUUCUCUGCCAACCUAAAGAUACUUCCAGUAGUUGUUGCUUUUUUUCUGGGUUAUAUUCCCUGGGAAUUCAAAAGGAUACAUUUUUUCUGCAGAAGGUAGUAUGGUCAAAGUGAAUGUGGUUAUAAGGGCAAAAAUAUGACUUAAAGCUGGAAAUGGGAAGAACAGAGUCUUUCUUUUGUCAUGUAGCCUGUAUAGUUCAGGUAGAGCAACGCUUGCCUAAUUUUACUUUAAAUAAGGCUGUAUUUGGAUCUUUUGCUUUUAAGCAUGCCAGCAUGCAUCCUUAAGUGCUUUGCUUUUUUUUUUUCCUUUUUGUCCGUUGCAGUUGCAAGCCUGGAUGUAUAAAACAAGCAAGCCUUAAUUGAAGGCUUUUUGAAGGCAUUGUUGAUUUCAGAGCUUGACCCUGCUAAUGCUUAAGCCUACUUCCUGCUCUAAACUAAGCACAAAGAAAAAGAUUAGUCUUGAGUCUAAAUCCAAUUUUAUGGGGAGGAAAAGGUUCUGCUUAGCUCAAAGCAUAUCUAUUAUCAGAAAUGCCACUGUCUGUUCCUGUAAUAUAACAACAAAGUAUCCUAUCCCCACCAACAAAAUGCUGAUUUUCAAGAAGAAAUCCAUUUAAUACUAACAUAUGCAACUUAUACCUAGCAAGAGGAUGGGUAAAUGUUGGAAGUAGGUAGGGAUUGUACAAAGAGUUUGCAGUUAAUACUAGCCAGAAGUGAGCUAAAAAAGUCUUUCUCCCCAUAGGGGGUUACAGCACUGUGAAAUUUGUAAUGAAGAAAAAGUCCUUGCUAAUUAGAUCAAAUAUUUGGUUUAAAACAAAACAUUACUUUCUUUAAACCAAUUUAAUGGUAGUUCUAAAAUAAAAAGUCUUGAUUCCCAACCCACCCCCACUUUGGUUUUUCUGCCCUUUGACAUGUGGUUGUCUGCAAAUGCAUCCUUUUUUAUACAAUUUUAAAUAUGUAAAAUUGGUUGUCUUGUAAAUAUCUUAUAAAGGAAAAGUUUGUAAAUACCAAAUUUGUGGCUGUUAAUGUUUGUUACUUUUUUGCUUCAGUUCAUUUAGGUUUAACAGUGUUAACAGGGAGUAUUAAAAGAGAAAUUCUGCUUGUAUGUUUAAACAAAAUUGAAACAAAUCCUUUUUUACAAUAAAAUGAAGAGUAUUAA